GAGAUGACGAUAGUCGAAAUGGGUGCUUGGCUGACGUUGGCGGUUGACGCAGUUGCGGCCUUUUUUUCGAUAGUGCUGGCGGUUGUUUGCUCAGCUGGCACAUGUAGGCACGAGUCGACGAUGCAGGACAUUGACGAGACUAGUGACAGCUGUGUCUAUCGAAACAUGUUUUAUGACGAAGCCGAUGGUAGACGUAGGAGCACGGUCAGUCCCUGGGUUUUUGUUUUGCUUGUCUCAGUGGAGAGACAAGGCGCCAGAUAUCCGGGUAUGAAAUCCGUGUGCCAUAUCGAUUGGGCGGUUCCGCAUGGGCUGAUGCUGUCAACCUCGGUGGUGGGUUCAUGGGCGGUGAAGAGCUGCACGACGACAGAUGCCAUGUCGACCCAUAUCUUGCUUUCCCCAUUCUCCACCCCCGAUAACAGGAAACCCACUCUGAUAAUGUGCCACGAUGAUUGA